GAAAAAAGUAAACAGCAAAUAUCAACCAAUACGAAGCAAAAGCAACUGAUUUUUUAAAUUUGGAUCUUGAUAAACAAUGCCUAACCAUUAAGAAAUGGGAAGCGGAGUCAGCACCCCAAAGACACCAGGUGGGUCAUCCUUGCCACCAGAGUUACCUAGUCUUAAAAUUGCUUUAGUUGGGGAUCCAGGAGUCGGGAAGACAAGCAUUUUGCUGCGUUACCUCAGGAACCAGUUCAGUCCAUUAUAUAUACCAACAAAGAAAGUUGCUAUUGAGAAUGUUGUACGGAAGUUAAAUGUCCCAGCUAACACUGUGGUGUCUCUAACAUUCUGGGAUAUUCCUGGUAGAGAGGAUAUGGAUUUACACAAAUCUUACUUCAGGAACCUAGAUGCUGCUAUAGUGGUUGUUGACCUAACCAACAAAGCUACUGUAGACAUGGCAAAUGUGUGGAAACAGAUAGUUCUCAACAAACUGACAAAGCUGGUUCCUACAGAGAACAGUAAGAAUGGGGAACCGAUGCAAGAGGUACCAGUGAGUCCUGUCAACUUUCCAGUACUUCUGCUUGGCAAUAAAUUUGAUAUUAUAGAAGAAGAGAUUUACCAUGACCUUGCUAAAAGACAGGUGUCGGUGAGUAUGGAUGUAAAUGGUGAGGUGGAACUGAAACACGGUGCGGUCGACAACCUUGAGACUGUUGCCGAGGAACAUAACUUUAUAGGAAGUGUGGCAGUGUCAUCUAAGCAAUCAGACAGUUCCGUUACCAUGGCAAUACAGUCGUUGGUAAGAAAUAUUCUGGAGAAACGUAACAUCCCACGCAAAUGGAGAGCAGUACCAGAGAAACCGAAACCUCCUAAGAAAGACAGGCCAUUUAUCUAUGACAAGCUGGAAAAAACAGACAUCGAGAAGGUGUUCAAAAUGUACCAGUACAAUAAGUUGGAAGUGACAGGAGAUGAAAAGCAAGAUGAGAUUAUAGAUAAAGCUGAUGCUGUCGUGAAGGAAACAGUUGUGUUACGUCACUACCAUACAGUAUCACUGGCCAGGUUCCAACAUGAAUGUAGAAAGGGUGGCAUUGUUGCUGAGGAUGAACCCAGUCUUGAGGACUGUAUUUUUGGCAUGAAAACUUCUGCUAGAAAAGGCACUAAUAUAAAGAUUGUUGAAGAUGAAAAUUUCGUCAAAAUUAGUGUCAGUUUCGACAGCAACAAGGAAAUUAAACAGACAAAACCAUGGAAACGGGCAUACAGGAUAUUUCACAAUGAAUAUGUUGCUGUAUCCAAGUCCAUUGCAAAGGAGGGUCCAAAGGUCUAUACUGCAUUAGAGAAGUAUGACAUUGCCAUGGAAAAGAUGCUUCAAGACUAUACUGAACAAUUGGAAUCGACCAAUGAGAGUAGAGGUAACAACAAGGAGCUGGUGGCAGUAACCAAUAAGAUUGUCCGUAACAGAGCCAAGAUACAGCAUUCCAUGGAUGAGAUUCAACAGGCAAUGAAGGAUGUAGAUUUAGCUGCAAAGAAAAUGUCCAGUGUUGAUCUCUGGUAAUACUCCUAGAAUCUUCCAGGGCAUUUAAAGUCUGUUACGCAUACUGUGGAGUGUUUUUCAACACUUAAAUUGUCAGAAAACAUUGUUGCAUUUAGACAGUUCAUAUCCAGUCAAAAAAAGAUGAUCAAAUUAUUUUUUUAUUGGUAACUUUCUGAGUUCAAUUUGUACACAGCAGUCGAAAGCAAUGGCAUUGUAUUUCGGAACACUGCAUUUAGUAUCAAUUUUGACAUUUGUAUCAUUAACUGGUAACAAAGUUUGAGGCAUGUCUGUUAAUAUUUUCAUAGCUUCUUUCUUUCAAACUAUGUUAUGUCCAUGUUUCUGACUAAUUAUUGUGGUGCAUUUACAGUCAAAUUACUACAUUUCAGCCCAAUCUUGUCAAGUUAGGCCUAAAACAAUGUAUUGUUUGUUUCCAAAAACAUGAUCAAAAUGGAAGAUUAGCAAAAAGAAAAUGGUAAAAAUUACUUGAAUAUGACCCAAAAUACAAAAUAAAUCCAUCUAGGUUCUGCACAGUGAAAACUACCCAGUGUCAGUUGUGUACUUGGGAACAAACAAAUCUUAUUGUAUGCCUUAGUGUUUAUAAUGCCCGAUUUGAUCUUGAAACCCUGCAGAACUUUCAGGCUUCAAUUAAUUCAGGGAUAAAGUAGAAUUUUGUAACUUUAUUCAGUAUAAUUCUUUAAGAUUGUUCUGCAUGUUUGCUUAUUUUGUUUUUCUAUAAUAUAGAAUUUGAUUAAACACUGAAUGUUCAAAACUUCAGGAUAUACUAAGAAAAUUCGGCAAAUUUUGUCGAAUAGAAUUCUUUUUACAAUGUUGAUUUAUAAUGAAACUUCACAUAGUUAUAGAUAAACAUAUGGUUUGUAAUACGGUGACAUAAAAUGUAUAUGUCCACGUGCUUGUUUUUGAGAUAUUUGCCCAUGAUUAAAGAAAUUCGCAUUUUUCAAUCUGAUUUUAAGACAUUAUUUGGGCUCAUUUAACAUGUUAAUCGUUUUUACAACAUAUUUUAUCUUGAAAAGGAUAGUAUUGUUGCUGUUUCAAUAAAUUUACUAAUGCCAUUAAUUCAUAAAAUGAUUUUUGUUUCUGUAUGCUGUGUCCAGGCUUUAUUCUAUGUUAUGCCAUUAUUUCCCAUUUUACGGUUUAUCAAACUUGCAGAACUGCCUUAAAUGGUUGAGAUUGGAUGCUUUCAUGCUUAUCUGUUGUUGUUUAAUUUGCAUUUUUAAAGAAAUUUAAUACACUGGACACUCCUCUUCAAGUGCAAUGCAUGUGUCUGGAUUUAGGAUAUUCCCAAAGAAACAAAAAACUGAAGAAAAAAAACACCUGAAUACAGGCUUUGUGUUUGCAUGUUGUACUCAAUUUGUCCUCCUCUUCUGCAUAACAAAACAAAACAAUUUUUUUUUGAUUAUCUUGGAAGUUGAAAUAGCAUUUAAAUUUACAACACAAAGUCUCCAGGACAACAAAAAGUACCACAAAGAAAUAUGUUCUCAUGGCAGUGCAUAAUGCAAUAAUUAACAACAGAACUUUUAUAAUGGAAUUGCUUUAGAUGUACUAUGCAACGUUGCAUGUUUUUGAAAUAUCUGUUAACAUCUAAAAUUGUUAAAUAAGUAUUAUUGAUUGUUAAUUUUAUAUUUUAUAACAAAUAUGAUAUAUGUAUAUAGUUUUGCUAAAUUCCAGAUAUUUUACAUCGUCUUUUAACUGCAUGACAUAUGUGAUAUAUUGCAUUUCUAUAUAUUUUACAGACAACAAGAUGUUGUUAUCUCAUCUGAUUUUUUGGAAAAGAAAAUGAUGAGUUAUUAUCAUCACUUGAUUGGCGUCUGUGUCGUCAUCAGCGUUGCCUGGUUGAGUUUUAUGUUUGGGUCAGCUUUUCUCCUAAACUAUCAAAGCUAUUGCUUUAAAACUUGCGAAACUUGUUAACCAUCAAUAGCUGACUCUGUACAGCAAGAAACAUAACUCCAUUCUCCUUUUUGCAAGAAUUAUAACCCUUUUGGACUUAGGAAAUAUCAGAUUUCUUGGUUAAGUUUUAUGUUUAGGUCAGCUUUUCUCCUAAACUAGCAAAUCUUUUGCUUAAAAACUUGGAACACUUCUUCACCAUCAAAAGCUGACUCUGUACAGCAAGAAAACGUAACUCCAUCCUGCUUUCUUGCAAGAAUUAUGGCCCCUUUUGGACUUAGAAAAUCAGAUUUCUUGGUUAGAUUUUGUGUUUAGGUCAGCUUUUCUCCUAAACUAUCGAAGCUAUUGCUUUAAAACUUGGAACACUUGUUCCCCAUCAAAAGCUGACUCUGCACAGCAAGAAAAAUAACUCCAUCCUGCUUUUGCAAGAAUCAUGGCCCCUUUUGGACUUAAAAAUCAUUGGUAGGAUAAUAUUUCUAUUAUACAGAGACAAAAAAAUCAGAUGAGCAUCUGCACCUGCAAGACUUUUUACAGAUUGUUACUUUAUUUCUUUAAGUAGAGGUUAGUGUUUGUUUUUACUUUAAAUUAGCAAUUACUAACAGAUGAUUUAAAAAUAAAGUUGACAUACGUCCAGAGUUAUUUCCCUUUAAUCUGAUAGAGCUGACAUCAUUGGGAAAUCAUGCUGACUUAAAUAAUUGUUUCUCUGAAAUAACUUUUUAUAAAAAAAAACUGUUGUUAUGAUACAUUUUAUAUAUUCAUAUUAUAUUUUGCAAUUUAAUGUAUAUACAUGAAGCUGGUCUUCAAGCCCUGUGAUAACAUUUUAUGCAUUUUUCAUUUUUCCCUUGUAUUAUGUAGUAUAGAAAGUAAUAAAAAUGCUCUUGAAAACUGU